AUGUCGGCAUCCGUGUUUCGGAGUUCAAGUGCCAAUUUGAUCAAAUCGGCUAGCGCCAUGAGCCGAAGUGGCCUUGGGGAAUUGGGCUUCGCCUAUCCUGGAUUCGGUGGAGCCACGAUGAGUGUCGCCGAUUUGGGAUCACUUACGAGGCUAGAGGACAAAAUUCGUCUGCUACAAGACGAUCUAGAAAGUGAACGCGAACUGCGAAACAGGAUUGAAAGAGAACGAGCUGACCUGUCGGUGCAGCUGAUCAACUUGACCGAUCGCCUGGAAGAUGCUGAAGGCAGCACUGAUGCCCAGAUCGAAGCGAAUCGCAAGCGGGAGGGGGAACUCGCCAAACUGCGAAAACUGUUGGAAGAUGCCCAGGUGGAAAAUGAAGACUCGAUGAACAUUUUACGCAAAAAGCACCAGGAAGCGCUGUUAGACUACCAGCAGCAAAUCGAAGGCUUGCAGAAGAAGAACACGAAGUAUAUUGCCUCUUAUUUGACACAUGCACAUGUUUCCGAAGCGUUUUCCUCGUUCUGCUAUACGUACUUGAAAAAACCUCACACAACUUAGCA